AUGACUAUUUUUAAUUGGCCCCUGCUGCUUUAUGAGAUCGAGAAGUGCGAAGAACGGAGGACAAAAUUUUAAUGGAGGUGAUGCGCCACGCUUCAACCUUCCUCCUCCCCUCAUCAUCAGAAGCCACAGACGAUCUCCCCUCGUCUGUGCAUGCCCUCAUUAUCCUUAACCAGCGACUCCCUGGCCUUGCUCCUCUCCUUUGGGAACGAGCAAAGCUGAGGGUUUGCGCGGAUGGAGGGGCAAACAGACUUUUUGAUGGAAUGCCGGAGUUUUUUCCCGAUGAAGAUCCCGGGGAAGUUAGGCGCAGGUACAAGCCAGAUUUAGUUAAUGGUGAUAUGGAUUCAAUAAGAGCGGAAGUGAAGGAUUACUAUUCUGAUUUGGGGGUUAAGAUAUUGGAUGAGUCUCAUGACCAAGACACAACCGACUUACACAAGUGUGUAGCUUUCGUUUGUGAUGGCCAACACAUCUUGGAGAAAUCAAAUCUUUGUAUUCUUGUGCUGGGAGCGCUCGGGGGAAGAUUCGAUCAUGAAAUUGGCAACAUUAAUGUGCUUUAUCGGUUCUCAAACAUGCGCAUUAUUCUCUUGUCAGAAGAUUGCUUGAUUUAUCUUCUCCCAAAAACUCAUCGCCAUGAGAUCUACAUAGAGCCGUCUGUGGAAGGCCCCCACUGUGGCCUUAUCCCUGUUGGUGCACCAUCAACAAGUACUACUACAACUGGUCUACAAUGGAAUCUAUCUAAAACAGGUAUGCAUUUUGGUGGAUUAGUGAGCACAUCUAACAUUGUGCGCGAAGCGAAAAUUACAGUUCAUUCUGAUGUAGAUCUCUUAUGGACAAUUAGCAUCAGGAAACCAAGCUAAUUAAGGCUUCGUUUUGGACGGCGUUCUUACUGUUUCUUAAAGCAGCUUUGUAGUAUAAAAGUUUUGGAUUUUUAAUUAAAAAUUUGCUUUAAGAAGCAGUAAGAAAAUCGUCCCAAACGAAACCUAAUUAAUGCUUCUAUUGGUUGUUAAUAUCUUUGAAAAUCAUAGCUGAUUGCAUAGCAUAAUUCUUGCUUGUAAAUGAGAAUAUUAAACAUGAACAGUUAACGCAAAAAUGUUGCUCGUGAUUUGUGUAAGCUGUGCUUUCUCAUUA